AUGGAAAAACAUCGAAUAAAAUUCAAGACAUUUCUGCUUAUUUUUGUAUUGCUUUUAUUUCAAUUUCCUACUUAUUUGGCAGAGGGUGAGUUGAUUUCAUCUAGUAUUAUGUUUUUAAGAGAAAAUUGAAAAAUAUAGUAUAUGUUUUAAAAAAUUCACGAAAGAAACAUUUGUCGGAAAAUCACAUAGAAAAAUGAAACAAAUUUGCUUUAGACGCGAAAUUACGACCAAAACCGCCUGAGCGCAAAAUGCUUUUUUUCCGUGUGGAUAUAUCUAUAUCACACAUGGACUGUCCCUAAAUUUUUGUGCAGCGUGGAAAUCCAAAACCAAAAAAGAAAGAACGAAAAAAUAAGAGUGUGUUUCAACACCGACUGCCCGCAAACACAAAAUCCUACGCGCAAUUUUGUAAAAAUAAAACAACGAUACUCCGCUCAGACAGUGUGAAAAAAUUAAACAACAGGCAAUCACGGGCGAAAAAAAAGAAACAAAAUUUGUUAUUGCGGACCGUUGCCACGACAGUAAAACGUGUCACUCAUUUCGAAAAAAAAGAGCGAUUUCACCCAUCCCAGCCAAUCACGUAAUUACACGUAGAUAAAAGGUACAUGACACGCCCCUUUUUUUCUGCCAUGUCCGCAGUGAGAAAAGUGUGCUUUUUUUGUUUUGUUUUUUCGCCCGUGGGCAAGCCGAGUAUCGCUGUUUUAGUUUUCUUUUUUUCCUUGGGAACCCGGAAAUCGGGAUUUUGGGUACCCGGAUUGAGUUUUUCUAACCUAAAGAGCUUUUCUAACCUUGAUAACACUUUCUGAGCAGGGCCCCCUAGUUUUUGCAAAAAAAAAACUGUGCAUUUUGAAAACGCGCUGAAAUAACUGUCCAGUGUGUAAGCACGGCGACGCACACAUGCACACAAAUUUGCGCACCGUAGUAAACGACGGAAAAACGGGCGUUUUUUCAUUUUUUAGUUCUCGAGAGCGCUGAAGGUUUUCAAUUAAACACAUUUUCAGAUGUUGGAGUUCGAACUUGUUCAAAUAGCUAUGACGCAAAAGACGCCGAGAAAUACGAAUGUAAGACAGCAUGUGUCGCAAAACAUGCACAAGAUCGAACACUUGACAAAAUCAAUGGAUAGUAUGUUUUUUUCAUUUCUCGAAUGAUAAACAAUUUGUUGAAUUUCAGCCCAUAUUUGAUGAAUCGUUAUGGUUGCGAAGGUAGAGUAUAUUAUGGAAACCUUAAUUCAACAAAAUGUGAUUUCAACUAUUCUGGCGGUUUCACUUAUGCUUUUCGUUACAAAAUUUUCGAUAAAACAACGAAUGGAGAAAUAGUUGUUGAAAAACUAUGUUGUUGGUUUGAACAUUGUAAUAAUCGAGCACAAAAUGUGAAACAAAAGUUUCUGCUUAAUCCAAAAGCAGAUUCCUAUCGAUCAAUAUCGAAUGCGAUGGUUUCAAGCUAUGUUUAUUUUUCGAUUCUGAUUUUUGGAUUGAUUUUAAUGGCAAUGACAAUUGUUUAGUGAGUUGUACUUUUUCAGAAAAUAUUGUAAUUACAAUUCAUUGUAGUCAAUUCAUAAGAAGUUUUGGAAAACGUGUACGAGUAAAAUUAGCGGAUUAUUAUGACGAAACUGACAAUUUGUUGAAAGAACUAUCAGAAUUCGACGAAGAAAAAAUCAUAGACGUUAGUUUGAUAAAUCAUAGUUCGAAUUAUGUGAACUGCGUUUUUUUUUCAGACGAAACUUAAAGUGACUGGAUUAUUGAAUAUCAAACAGUUGAGUCGAAUUCUUGCACAAUUUCCUGAAGAAGAAACUGUUAUUCGAAAAUCGACAACAAUGUCAACUGAAUCAACAGCAAGUCAACGUGUAAAAGCAAAAAAUAAUAAUCAAACCACAAAAAAACAAUUAGUUGUUCGAAUCGAAAAACCUCUUCUUUCUUAUACUGAUGGAUAUGGGCAUGAUUUAUAUUCAGUGAAUAGAAUUGUAACAACACCACGUGGAUUAUUAUAUCGUAUGGUUGAACAUGGACCAUUUCAAUAUCCUUUUGAUGUUAUGGAAUUAUUACAACUAUUUGAAGAAACAUCGUAUAUUGUUGCGACUGAACCAACAUUAAUGAAACUCGAAGCUGGAAUUACAAUCAUUGGAGAUAUUCGUGGAAGAUAUAUGGAUCUUCAUAGAUGGUUAAAAUUAACUGGUUGGCCACCAAAUAAUAAAUUAUUGUUUCUUGGUGGAAUGAUUGAUAACAAAGAGGAAGGAUCACUUGAAACUAUCGCACUUAUUUGUGCUCUCAAGGUGAUUAACUUAUAUCUCUAUCAAUUAGAAUACUAACGAAGAAAAUAAGUUUCAGGUUCGAUUUCCUAGACAUGUUCAUAUGAUUCGAGGUGUUCCAGAAGCAUCUCCUUUUCGAAUUGAAGAUCGAUUUGAUCCAAGAAUUACUCGAACUAUACAAACUGCUGCAAUGCGAAUGUUUUCAAAUUUAUCACUUGCUGCUACAAUCGGAAACUCGAUUCUGGCCGUUUCUAGUGGAUUUUCGGCGCUAAUUCGAAACAAACGGAACUUUGGGUCGAUUCAAAAACCAAUUCAACUUGAUUCAUCUUCGACUAUUGAAAAAGAUUUGAUUUUCAAUAAACCAUCUCCAGUUGUGAGAAUGUAUCGUAAUAAUCCAGGUUAGUUAAAAAUUCAAAAAAAGGUUAAAAUGAACUUCACAAAAUUUUAUAGAUAGUGAAGGUCAAUGGUUUGGAGAAAGAGCAGUUAUCCGCGCAUGUAAACUGACUGAUUGUCAAGUUAUUGUUCGUUCACACAGCACAGUUCCUUUUGGAUAUUUACCUGUUUGGAAACAUCGUCUUAUUACAAUAUUUAGUGCACCGUGUUAUGGUCAACAAUAUGGAUCCGUUCUCAGUGUUUCACCGGAAAUGCAAGUGACACCAUUGAUAAUGAAAUCGCAUGUUAAAUGA